GCCGAGAAGGAGCAGGAGCUGCUGGGGGAGACCAAAGCUGAGCAGGAAGCUAGCGUGAGAGCUAGGACUGAAGCGCGUCAAGAGCUGGAUGCCGAAGUGGACAAGCUCCGAGUGGAGCAAAGCCGUGCAGUCAUGGCUUCUGAAGAAGCACGAGAAGCGCUAGAGCUUGCAGAAGCAAAAGAAAAAGUGACGCAUGAGUGUGAGGAAGCUGCUGCCAAGGAGAUCAAGAACUGGGAAGCCUUGUUGGAACAGCGAGAAAAGGAGAUUUUUGCAGAAAGCGAAAUCCGUGAACGCGCUCGCGAUGCCGAAGCGCUGGUGCGCUACGAACAGCGGGAGAAGGAACUGCUUGUCCCAGCGAUUGCCUUGGCGAAGGCUGAGCGGGAAGAAGCUGCUGCAGCUCGGGUGGAAGCCACUGAGCAUGCCAUGCAAGAGGUGCCAGACACAAACACAGACAAAGCA